CUCCCCCCUCUCCCCUCCAUUUCCAAAUCAGACAUCCUCUUCCAGCCAUGACGAUCGACACCAACCCGGCCGAAGAGCCCCCAGCAUUCAACCUAACCGAGGUCGAUCGUCAGGUCCUCGCGCAGACCGAUGAAGAAUUUAAACUCCACGACUGGGAUGAUCUCAAAUCCAUCAUAGCGCGCAACGAUCUCGGCAUCCUCAAGCGGAAACCCUCCGACCUGCACCGCUACCUGUCGUGGUCCGCCUCCACGAAACAAAAAUACGGCUCUAUCACCAACUACAUCUGCCAGGAGCGACUGCACUGGGCGCUGCCGGACACCAGCACCAUCACCGCCACUAUCACCACCACCACCACCAACAACUACAACAACAGCAACAAGCCAGGACCAACACCUACCGCAGCAGACAGCGGCCCGGUCUUCCCCUACAACAACCCGACCCCCUUCGCCGACCCCGCCGACUACAAGAUCCUGCGGAACGACUGGCCCUACGGCCUGGGCCCGGGGAUCACGCACCUGGUCGUCUGGCUCCGCACGCCCGUGGCCGUGAACCCGGACGACGGGGAUCUGACGCCCGAGUCGCGCGCGCUGAUCGAGGGGUUCGUGCUGCGCACGUUCGUGGGCCGGUUGGCGGCGGAGCAGCGCGGCGGCGCGGGGCUGUUCCCGGAUUCGCCGCGCGACCAUGUGCUCUGGUUCAAGAAUUGGACCGCCUUGCAGAGUGUGCGCAGUCUCGAGCAUAUCCAUGUGCUGGUGCGGGAUGUGCCGGAAACGAUAUUGUUGGAGUGGACGGGGGAGGGGCCGCCGCAGCAUUGA